CUUGCCUUAUUGGUUACCAAUGCAAUGGAGAUGAUAAACCACUUCGAUCUCACCAACUAUGUUCUCCUCACUAUUCUUCUAGCUAUUCUCCCUCUCUUCACGACAUGUUACGAAAUCAGGGCCAUUGAAAAUCUGAGGAGUCUCGAGAUGCUGUCCCUGACCAUCGGCGCCGGGCCGGAGAGCCUCGCGUUCGACCCGUCGGGCGGCGGGCCUUACACCGGGGUCUCGAACGGGAGGGUCCUCAAGUGGAAGGGUGGCGACCUUGGCUGGGUCGAGUUUGCUUUCAACUCGAACCAUAGGGAUGAAGAGUGUGGUGUGUAUAAUAAUGAGAUGAUGGAGAGCAAGUGCGGGAGACCGCUAGGAUUACAGUUCCACAAGGCGACGGGUGAUCUCUACAUCGCAGACGCGUACCUGGGACUGCUAACGGUCGGGCCAGAGGGAGGCCCUAUGACGUUGGUGGCCGCGGUGGCCGACGGUGUGCCGUUUAACUUCACGAAUGGAGUGGAUAUUGACCAAGACACCGGGAUGGUGUAUUUCACGGAUAGCAGCAUUCACUUCCAAAGAAGGGAGUAUAUGAUGCUCGUGCUCUCCGGCGAUGCCUCGGGACGGUUAAUGAGGUACGACCCCGCGACGAAGCGAGUUACGGUGCUAGAGAAUGGCCUCACUUUUCCGAACGGGCUCGUGGUUAGCCAUGACAACACUCACCUCCUCGUGGCCAUGACCUCGCCCUGCAGAAUCCUAAAAUACUGGCUCCGCGGUCCCAGAACUGGAACAUUUGAGACAUUUGCAGAGUUACCGGGCUACCCGGAUAAUAUCAAGAGAAACUCCAAAGGCGAGUAUUGGGUGGCCCUCGGCCAAGAAAAGAUUCAGCUAAACGGUCUACAGAAACGAGUGGCCAAUUUCGAGCCCAUGCUGGACCAUCCGAUCGCGCUGAGACUGAGUCAAGAGGGUCGGGUUCUCGAGGUGCUUGAUGGAGGGAUAAUGACCUCCAUAAGUGAAGUGGAAGAGAGGAAUGGGUCACUUUGGUUGGGCUCCGUGGUUUCGCCUUAUGUGGGUGUUUACGAAGCUUAAUUAUUAUUAGGUUUCAAAAUCACCUUUUGCUUGAUGACUAGUCACAUAAAAGAGGAGUGCUUGGACUUAAU